CACUGACCAAUUGCUGCGGAGUACACUGGGCUUUUGCCAGUGUAACAACAGUAGCUUAUAACUGUGUAGAUAGGACGUAGUUAAUAUUCAAACUGGUCGAGGAGGAUAAGCUCUGGAAGAUGUCCCGGGAACAGCUUGUUGUUCAACGGGCCGGGAAGUCUUACCAGACAGGAAACACCAGGCGUCUGGAGUAUAGGAUCCACCAGCUGAAGGGUCUGCUCCGCUUCAUCACAGAGAGACGGAAGGACAUUGCAGAUGCUGUUAAAAGGGACCUUGGCAAGAGUGAAAAUGCGACGGAGCUGUUUGAGACUCUGGGACUGGAGGGGGAGAUCAAGCUGGCGAUAGAGAAACUGGCAGAGUGGGCAGCUCCUCGACCUGUGGAGAAGAACCUCCUCACUCUACAAGAUGAGGUUUACGUCCAGCCUGAGCCCCUGGGAGUGGUGCUUAUUAUUGGAGCCUGGAACUACCCCUGGGCUGUCACACUCCAGCCGCUGGUUGGUGCUAUAGCUGCAGGUAAUGCAGCAGUAAUAAAGCCAUCUGAAGUCAGCUCACACUCUGCCAAGGUCAUGGAGGAGCUUCUCCCUCAAUACCUAGAUAAAGACCUGUACCCAGUUGUGACAGGUGGAGUGUCAGAGACCCAGGAGCUGCUAAAGCAGAGAUUUGACCACAUUUUCUACACAGGAAACAGCACAGUUGGUAAACUGGUGAUGGAGGCUGCAGCUCGCCACCUCACCCCAGUGACCCUGGAACUGGGAGGGAAGAGUCCCUGUUACAUCGACAAGAACUGUGAUAUCACCAUUGCAUGUCGUCGCAUCACAUGGGGAAAAUUUGUCAACUGCGGUCAGACAUGCAUUGCUCCAGACUACAUUCUGUGUGAACCCUCCAUCCAGGACAGAGUAGUGGAGGAGAUUAAGAAGAGCAUUAAGGAGUUUUACACUGAUAAUCCAAAGACCUUCGAGGACUAUGGACGCAUCAUCAACCAGCGACACUUUAAGAGGGUCAUGGCUCUGAUGGAGGGGAGCACAGUUGCUGUUGGUGGAGAUAGUGAUGAAUCCCAAUGCUACAUCGCCCCGACUGUGCUGAAAGAUGUUACGGAGACAUCUAAAGUGAUGAAGGAAGAGAUCUUUGGGCCACUCCUGCCAAUCAUCACUGUGAGCAAUGUAGACGAGGCCAUCCAGUUCAUUAACGAGAGAGAGAAACCGCUGGUUGUCUAUGUGUUCACCCAUGACAACAAGCUGAUCAAAAGGGUGAUAGCUGAGACAUCUAGUGGAGCUCUGCUGGCUAACGACUGUCUGGUCCACUUUACUGUCAGUGCUCUGCCCUUCGGAGGAGUUGGUAACAGUGGUACGGGCUGCUACCAUGGCCAACACAGCUUCGAUCAGCUGAGCCACCUGCGCAGCUGUCUCAUCAAGCAGCUGAAGAUGGAGGGAGUGAACAGCAUGCGUUACCCCCCACACACUGCCAAGAAACUGCGCUGGGCUCGAUUCUUUCUGCUCAAGCAGGUCAAUGUGUGCAGGCUGCGCCGCAUGGCCCUGCUCGCCAUAUUCACUGGCUUGGCUGCAUUUCUGGUUCAGAGUUUCCUGCGAAGAGGCUAAUAAGCACAAACUGAUGGCCUGUGCUAAACCGUCAUCCUGGGGCAGCCACAUGGACUAAUGUCCCAUAAUAAAAUAAGGCACUUAUGUGAUUUAUUGGUCCAUAUCAUUUCUCAUUUCUGUAGACAGAUUGAACUGAUUUGUCUUUAAAAUAUGUGUCUCACUUCUUGUUUCUAUUAAACUUCAAGCUGCUAUUAUAGUUUUUAUUGUCUUACACCUUUUUAUAGAAAUAAAUCUGUAAUGUUCUAAUUUAACCUGGUAAAUGAAGAAUUUAGUAUUAGAAUUUGACAUUAUUUUGACCACUAAUGAAAUUCAUUUCAUUACACACAGACUACCUUUAACAUGUUCAUUCAUCACAGUGAUUAUCAUGUGUGCUUUUAAUCCAUGUGUGAUUUCACUUUGACCCCUGAUAAUAUUUUAUUGUGGUUUCUGCAAUUAAACAUCAACCAAAACGUG